AUGCAAACUGAAGUACCUACAUUACCUGUAGUACAGUUAAAUGUCAACACAAACUUCAAUAGAACUCAAAAUUCUAAUUUAAAAAAGUUGACGGAGGAAGCAAAACCUAGUUUGUCACACAAAAAUAUAACAUGCUUUUCCUUCAACAAGAAGAACUUGCAUCCUCUAAUUGGGCAGCCAUAUCAAAAUAGCGUUCGACAGAAGGCUUCAUCAGAACAUUUGAAUCUUAAUAAAAACGGUAUUAAGCAAAGGGUUCAAUCAGCAAAAAUGUUACGUGUUAAAGAAUUACAAAAUCAAUUAGCUGAUGCACAUUAUCAAUUAAAUGAGUUGGCUAAUGAAAACAGACUAUUGAAAUCAUUACAGAAACGACAGGAUUCUGCAUUGAAACGUUAUGAAGGAACAAAUGCAGAACUGCCACGAAUUAUUAAUUCACAUCACGAGGAAUUGCGAAUAUUUCACAUUAAAUAUAAAAAGUUGAAAGCCUUGCACAAAGAGACAUGUAGUUUAAUGAAAGAAAAAGAAAAUGAACUCCAACAGUUACAGUCUCAAAAUAAACAUUUAUUACAACUCAGUAAAGAUCGUAAUCUGGGUGAGAGAGAAAAAUUACAAUCCCAAAUUUCUGAUUUAAAUUAUAGGAUAGAACAACAACAGGACACUAUACAGACACUCCACAGAAGAUUAUCUCUUGAAAGUAAAAGCUUGAAACAACAAUUACAUAUAGAAAUUUCCAAGAGAAAGGAAACACAAAAAGAAUUAGAAGAAACGAAAGAAAAGCUGAAAAGUUUAGAACAUUUAUUAGAUAACAGAGAACGCAGAUUAUACCGUAACGGACAACUAUUAUUACCUACUAAAAUUAGACAUUUAAGUACACAAUCUCUUACAAAUUUAAGAGAUAUCAGUUCAUCGAAUCCACUGAAGUUAUCGGAUCAAAAUGGAAAAUGGAAAAGCGAUGUGCAAGAACAUAGUUUGCCUGCUCUAGAUACAUUUGAAUUAAAUGAUAAAAAUAUCAAAGUUGACGAAAGGAUUAACUUGAAUAAAAAUUCAAAGUAUCUGAAAACAGAAACAAUGACUAAUUUAGAACAAGUAAGAAAAUAUCGUCUCCAAAAAUCUGCACACAGAAAAAUUCUAUCAGGCGAUUUCGAAGAAGAACUCCAAGAAUUAGAUGUUAAAGCAGAUAAAGUAAAUAAUUAUCCAGAAAGAUUAGAGGAACAUGAUGAAAAUGAUAAAAAUCCCUAUAAAAUAAGUGCACACAAAUUUAGGAAAAUAUAUGAAAAUCGAAAGUGUCAAAGUUUCAAUGAACUGAUAAAGAAAGAAACUGUUUAUUCAUCUGAAGAUGAUGAAAGUGAAGGUGAAAAUGAAAAUUUGCAUGACAAUCAAAUCGAUGUCGUCAGCAGAUCUAGAGAAUCACGCAUAAGGUUUCUUAACAGCGCAAAUGAAGCUAUAGGCUCAGACGAAUUUAAAUUGUCUACUUCUAAAUUUGAAAAUAAAUUGAACGAUUUAGCGCAGGAUAAUAAAGAUUCUAACAAAAGUGAUUCUGAAGCAGAAUCUGAAGUACGAAAAGAAUCGAUUCAACAUUAUUUUUCAUCAAACCAUUCCAAUGACGUUCUCAAAUUGAUUUCAUCUGUACAUGACGAUCAGAACCAUUGUACUGUCGAUCAAGAAGUAGAAAAAUUGACAAUUUCUCAUUUUUUGAAUGAAUCUCAAAAAAUGUAUGAAAAUUUGAUUAAUGAAAUGGGAACACAAACUAAAAAUGUGGAGAAUGAAGAUUUCUAUGACUUGCAGCAUGAUGUGCAUAUAAAUAAAGAACAAGUAGUCGCUAAUUAUUCAAUAAAUAAACCUUCUGAAGAUUUACAGAAAUAUAUUGUGAAUCAAUCUAUAUCUAAAGAAGAAAAACGAGGAGAAGGAAAUACUGAUGAUAACAGACUUCCAGCAACGAAUUCAUUCAAUGCAACAAUUACUUUGGACAAAGAACAAACAUCGAAUGUAACAUAUGAAAAGGAUACAGACAGUUACAAUGUAGAGACAAGAAACAAAUUAAAUAAGCAAGAAGUAAAUAAUGUAUUGAAAAGUGUUGAUAUUUCAUUAAGUAAUGUACAAUCUUUAGACUCUGAUUUAACAUAUAAUGUAACUAGUAAAAGUGAUAUUAAUACUAUUAAUGAAAACUGUGCCAGAAUGAAAACAAUUAGUUAUAAUAAAGAAAAGUUGUUAGCAACAAUGAAGGCUAUCGAUGAUAAUGAGAAUAUUGAAUAUUUAAAUCAAGACUACGAGAAAGAUAAUGUAAAAAAAAAUAGGAAGCAAAUAACUGAAAAUUUAUUUCGUGGUUUGCCCACUCAUAUGAAAAAGAAGGAAGAUAUUAUUAAAAACAUUUUUAACGCUGAUGGGUUACAAACUGAACCUGCGGUGUAUACCAAAUCUUCGUUUCACAGAUUGGCAGUACUGAUCUCCGAAUUGACAAGAAAGAAGAACAAACAAGGAAGUAACAAGAAGGAACCUGUUGUGCACAGAAGGCAGUGGAAUGAAGACACGCCGCGAAUACGAAUGCCAUAA